AUGCGUAUCGCCCACACACACGCCAAUCGCCUUCUGGGCAUCGUCUCACAAGGAGGCGGAGGAGAUCGUAUGUUUGACCCAGAGUGGAUCCGGGCACAAAACCACUUGGAGUACCCGUUUGCAUUGACAAAUGCACUUGCAUUCAAAUUCGGCUAUGGAUCUGUGGAAGAGUACAUUGCCGACGAACCUCGGAAGAAGUUUGGCUUGUUACCAGUUGCUGUUAAUCUCCCCAACAAUCCUCAUUUGGCAGGCUCUUUUCAAUUUCUUUAUCGCACGACAAACACUUUUGGUGAUGCGGUAGCUGCAAUGACGACUGUCCUUGUUCCGAAAAACGCGGAUUUCGGGAAACUGGUCUCAUUCCAAGAUUUUGAGGACUCAGCUGAUAUCGAUUGCGCACCAUCCUAUAUCAUACAAACCAGUCAACCCGGCCAAACUGCUUUGUUUAUAGAAUUGGCCCUUAUGCAAGGCUGGGUUGUGGCCAUCCCAGACCACGAAGGACCCAAAGCAUCCUACCUUGCGAAUAUCCAGUCAGCACAUGCCGUACUCGAUGGCAUACGCGCAGUUUUAGCCUCCUCAUCCGUAACACAUCUAUCGAAGGAUCCUGCGAUUGUAUUAUGGGGCUAUUCUGGUGGUGGUCUCGCCAGUGCUUUUGCUGCAGAGCUUCAGCCUCAAUAUGCACCAGAAUUGAAGAUACUGGGGGCCGCUGCUGGUGGUAUUGUCCCUAAUAUCACAACUGUGAUUUCCAGCGUUAACAACAAGACGAAUUCAUGGCUUAUACCAGCUGGAAUCAUGGGGCUAGUGCAUGAAUAUCCACAGCUUGGGCCAAUUAUUGAUGCGCAUCUUAUUCCAGCGACAGCCAGUUCUUUCAAAGCAACAGAGCAUGUUUGCUCUGAAGUCCUGUUUGGAAAUGAGAAUAUUCUAGCCUAUUUUCGCAACUUUGAUGCUAUGAUGGCAAAUCCCACCCUCCUCUCUAUUCUUGCACAAAAUGGCAUGGGCAACAACGCGCCAAAAAUACCAAUGUUUAUCUACAAGGGAGUGCAAGAUGAAAUCAGUCCCAUUAGCGAAACUGAUGAACUGGUAAAAAAAUACUGCGCUCGUGGUACCAGCGUAUUCUACAGAAGAGAUAUCUUGGCAAAUCACGAGUUAGAUGCUGUUCUUGCUCUCCCGCCUGUACUGUCUUGGCUGAAAGACAGAUUGAACAGGGUCUCUGUCAAUAAUACCUGUUCGACAUCAACUGUCGUAUCAUCCUUGUUUGAGAUUGAUGCAGUCAGCCAGGCAACACAGGAGGUCAUCCUGGCGGCCAUGAUUGAUGCUAUUACAAGCUCCAACUAA